AUGGCCGCGGCCGAGGCGCUGCAGACGGCGGACCAGUACCAGGCCGAGAUCGAGCGGCUGAGCAGGGAGCUCACGGAGACGACGCACGAGAAGAUCCAGGCGGCCGAGUACGGGCUGGCGGUGCUGGAGGAGAAGCUGGCCCUGAAGCAGCAGUACGACGACCUGGAGGCCGCCUACGACGGCCUCAAGCAGGAGCUGGAGCAGCUGCGGGAGGCGUUUGGGCAGUCCUUCUCCAUCCACCGGAAGGUUGCUGAGGAUGGCGAGACCCGGGAGGAGACGCUGCUGCAGGAGUCGGCGUCCAAGGAGGCUUACUACCUGGGGAAGAUCCUGGAGAUGCAGAACGAACUGAAGCAGAGCCGGGCUGUGGUCACCAACGUCCAGGCCGAAAACGAGAGGCUCACAGCUGUCGUGCAGGACCUGAAGGAGAACGGCGAGAUGCUGGAGCUGCAGCGCGCGCGGAUGAAGGACGAGAUCCGCGAGUACAAGUUCCGGGAGGCCCGGCUCCUGCAGGACUACACCGAGCUGGAGGAGGAGAACAUCACGCUGCAGAAGCUCGUGUCCACGCUCAAGCAGAACCAGGUGGAGUACGAAGGCCUGAAGCAUGAGAUCAAGCGGUUCGAGGAGGAGACGGUGCUGCUCAACAGCCAGCUGGAGGACGCCACGCGGCUGAAGGAGAUCGCCGAGCACCAGCUGGAGGAGGCCCUGGAGACCCUGAAGAACGAGCGGGAGCAGAAGAACAGCCUGCGCAAGGAGCUGUCGCAGUACAUCAGCCUCGGCGACAACCACGUCAGCCUGUCCGUGGACGGGCUCAAGUUUGCCGAGGACGGGAGCGAGCCCAACAACGACGACAAAAUGAACGGCCACAUCCACGGGCCCCUGGUGAAGCUGAACGGAGACUACCGGCCGCCCGCCCUGCGCAAAGGGGAGCCCCUGCACCCCGUCUCGGACCUGUUCAGCGAGCUGAACAUCUCCGAGAUCCAGAAGCUGAAGCAGCAGCUCAUGCAGGUGGAGCGGGAAAAGGCCAUCCUUCUGGCCAACCUGCAGGAGUCGCAGACACAGCUGGAGCACACGAAGGGGGCGCUGACGGAGCAGCACGAGCGGGUGCACCGGCUCACGGAGCACGUGAACGCCAUGAGGGGCCUGCAGAGCAGCAAGGAGUUCCGGGCCGAGCUGGACGGGGAGAAGGGCCGGGACUCGGGGGAGGAGGCCCACGACUACGAGGUGGACAUCAAUGGCUUAGAGAUCCUCGAGUGCAAAUACAGGGUGGCAGUGACCGAGGUGAUCGAUUUGAAAGCAGAAAUUAAGGCUUUGAAGGAGAAAUACAACAAAUCGGUAGAGAACUACACCGAAGAGAAGGCCAAGUACGAGAGCAAGAUCCAGAUGUAUGAUGAGCAGGUGACGAGCCUUGAGAAGACCACCAAGGAGAGCGGCGAGAAGAUGGCCCACAUGGAAAAGGAGCUGCAGAAGAUGACCAGCGUCGCCAACGAAAAUCACAAUACCCUCAACACAGCCCAGGACGAGCUGGUGACGUUCAGUGAGGAGCUGGCUCAGCUGUACCACCACGUGUGUCUGUGUAACAAUGAGACCCCCAACAGGGUCAUGCUGGACUACUACAGGCAGAGCAGAGUCACCCGCAGCGGCAGCCUCAAGGGGCCCGACGACCCCAGGGGACUCUUGUCGCCACGACUGGCCAGGCGGGGUGUGUCGUCCCCUGUAGAAACAAGGACCUCAUCUGAACCAGUUUCUAAAGACAACACAGAGGCCAGCAAAGAACCCAGUCCAACCAAGACCCCCACCAUCUCUCCUGUCAUCACUGCCCCACCGUCAUCUCCAGUAUUGGACACGAGCGACAUCCGCAAAGAGCCAAUGAACAUCUACAACCUCAAUGCCAUCAUCCGGGACCAAAUCAAGCACCUGCAGAAGGCUGUGGACCGGUCCUUGCAACUCUCUCGCCAAAGAGCAGCGGCCCGGGAGCUGGCCCCCAUGAUUGAUAAAGACAAGGAGGCCUUAAUGGAGGAGAUCCUCAAGCUCAAGUCCCUGCUGAGCACCAAACGGGAGCAGAUCGCCACGCUGCGGGCAGUGUUGAAAGCCAACAAGCAGACAGCCGAGGUGGCACUCGCGAAUCUCAAGAACAAGUAUGAAAAUGAAAAGGCGAUGGUGACGGAAACCAUGACCAAGCUUCGGAACGAACUGAAGGCUUUGAAAGAGGACGCUGCGACUUUCUCAUCCCUGAGAGCGAUGUUCGCAACAAGAUGUGAUGAAUAUGUCACGCAGCUGGAUGAGAUGCAGCGCCAGUUGGCAGCCGCAGAAGACGAGAAGAAGACUCUGAACACUUUGUUACGAAUGGCUAUCCAGCAAAAGCUCGCCCUGACCCAGCGGCUGGAGGACCUGGAGUUUGAUCAUGAGCAGUCCCGGCGCAGCAAAGGCAAGCUUGGGAAGAGCAAGCUCGGCAGCCCUAAAGUAAGUGGGGAGGCGCUCGUCACCGCGCCCACCGUAGACACUUACCUCCUGCGUAGUCAGGGCCCACAGCCACCCAGCAUUCGGGGCAGCAGUGGCACCCAGAGGAAAAGACAAUUUUCACCUUCCCUUUGUGAUCAGAGCCGUCCCAGGACGCCAGGGGCUUCCUACCUGCAGCAUUUAUUAAGCGUUCCCCCUGAUCCCACCUCCACAGAAUCAUUGCUUCUGAAGGGCUCCCCUUCCAUGGGUGACUUCUUCCAAGGGCAACGGCUCAGCAAGGAAAAAAGGUUAACCGUGGCUCCACCAGCAAAAAGAGAUUGUCAGCAGCCUGCUCCCUCCGUACCGCCACAGUGCUCACAAGUAGCUGGGAGGACAGACUGCCCGACGGUCAGUCCUGACGCAGCCGUCCCCGAGGAGCAGCCGCCGUGCAGCUCCCAGUGCGCCCCCCUCCACUGUCUGUCCAAGCCUCCUUACCCCUAGUCUGCAUCUCCCGUGGACGAGCGCCUGGGGUGAAAGCCUGGUGGCCGCACGCAGGACACUGCCCACGGUCCAGCGGAUAGCUGCUUCUCACUUGUUAGACGUGCGAUCGGAUGGAUGCCCAUCGUGUGGAAGACGGAGAAGGUCGAGCCGAAGCACAGACCCUGGAGUGACAACAUCUCGUGGUUUCUCUAGGUCACACGUACACUUCUGCCAUCGAACGAAUACAGUUCAGUUACAAGACACAACACAAGUAGGACACAGGAAACACGUAUGUCAGACUGCUGACUUGGCCUCCGUAGCAUGAGAGAGACCCGCGACCACGUCGCACGCCUGUACUGGGACGUCAUCUUUCCUCACUCCAGAUUUGGCUGUAGAAGUUGAUUCCAGUAGUUUUCGUCUUGCAUAUUUAUUUUGUACUUUCUCUGCUCUGUGUUUUAUGUCUAUAAAAAUAACUUGGGCGAGAGGCGAAUUUAAUUCAUUCAUUUUCAAGGAAGCAUCAUCUACUCAGUUAUGUCUGAGUUUUGAGUUAGCUUGAACCUGGAAUUGGCUGGAUGGGGGUCCGUGUCUUGCACAAGAUGAGAAGUGAGGUGCAUCCGAAUGGUAACAAUACCUGUAUUUUGCUGCUACGCUGAUGUUGUUUGUGCACUUAUUUCCUAAUCAGUAGCUCAUUAACUGCUGGUUUUUUUUUUUUUUAUUUUAAACUAGAGUUCUUCACUGAACAUUAUUAAGUAAAUCUAAGAGAGAGACUAAGUUAUGAUUCAUUGACUUAUUCGAGUUUUCAAUUUUUUUGACUUUUUAAUGCAAUUAAGUAGAUGUACUGGUGCUGCCCCUGUGUGUGUGCGUAUGUGUGCGUGCGUGCGUGUGUGUGUGUCUGGAUGUCAAAGAAGGCUAAAGAACUUGAAGGGAAAACAUGGUGUAGUUAGUGACCUGAAUUUUUUUUUACUCCUCCCAUACUCCCAAAUUUAGGGUUCUACCAUGCAUCUUUCCUGCUAAAAAUUAUCAAGUAUAGAUGCAAACGUACACAGAUAGGUAGAUACGAGUUAGCCGUUGACUGAUUACCCAGAAAGUGUUCAGAUCUUGAUUCAAAUGGUAUGUUUUGUUGUUGCAUUUUUUUCAUAGUGAAUCUUCCUUGCCAAAAAGAAGAGAUAAUAACCCUUAGCUCACUGUCUACCUUUGACAAACACUCAGGUGCCUACAGCCCUUGUUGUAUUGAAAUAACAGCUGUUCCUGAUGCAUUCACAGAUUCUGCUGGGUGCGUGUGUGACUCGGUUUAAGGCAGUGGCUGUUCAUGGUGAAGUUUAUUUUGCUCCUAACUGACAGACAAGGAAGGCGGCUUGUUGCGCUGAAAGGCCUAACACUUUCGGGCUUCUUAACUCUCAAGGGCUUCCCCAGUGGCUGCUAGUGCUGAGUGCUUGCUUUCCGGUUGCCUUAACAUAUUUAGAACCAUAAAGGUUUUACCACUUUCCACGGAACUUCUCUUGGAAACGCAAAACCAUCCUGACUGUUCACACGGGGGAGUUCACACUGUAGACCUAACAGCAGGGCGCGGGCUCUCCGGGGUAGGUGGCCCCGGGAGGCCAAGGGUAAGUCGGGACGCACUGGACAGGCGACUUGGAUCAGCCACAGGCCCGCUAAAUGCUGGUCACUGUUACCAAAGCAACCAAGAAGUGCUGCAGUUAGAGGGUGCAGCUGGGAGUACGCAGUUGAGAACCUCACGCGAACAGGGAUUCAGGCGAACGAGCCGAAACAGAAACAAAACCAGUCUUUGUCCCGUGCUGCUCCCCGCAGCCCGGCUGCCUGCUCUGUGCUACCUGCACUGCCCUGCUGCCGGCCCCGUACCCGCCCGUGAGACGGUGCGGCCCGAGCCCGAGCCCCGCUAGGGAAGCUCGUCUCUGUCUCCACUGUUUCUUUUUCUUUUUCCCUUUUUCAAGCACCAUGUGUUCAGACGUGAGAAGGGACGUAGCUGCUAGGUUGACUUUUCAUAAACACUCGUGGUGCCUGAGGGAGAACAUGCCUUUUUGAGAAGUACCUCAGAACAUCCUCUCAGACUUGUUCCGUGGGCCUGCAGGGCUGUCUGCCCGUCCUCAGCAUGCUGGUGUGCUCCUGUUCCCGUACUGUGGAUCGGCGGCCCACAAAAAGCCAGGUCGUUACAGAACCUUUCAUUUCUUUCAGUGCAAAACUUCCCAUUAAGAAUAGUAUGGUCUGGUGAUAUCUCAGAUCUUCACGGAAUGGAAAAUGCUUUAGUUUUCUGAAAAUCUUAAGUUUAGCAAAACUUCACCAAGAUCCAGAAACGUGGCAAUACAGUUCUCAUUUUCAGCACAAAAGUGGGUGACAGCCUCCGCAGGAGACAAUAUACUGGGCAUUUCCAUCGUGGCGUCAGUUAGUAGCUAAAACAGAGUGGUAGCUGUGUUUGUUUAUAAACCUUUAAAGUGAAUAGGUCUGUGUGGUAGUGACCAAAAUCAGUACCUGCAAAGGUAACCUCAGGAUUCAAAAGGAAACUGAAAAACAGAAGAACUAGUGGAAAUCAGAAGCAGUGAACCUCAGACUAAUUGGAGGCAUCCCCCCGGGAAGAAAUGCAGACUGCCGAACUAAGACUGAAUGACCGGCUAACCGGGCAGACACAAUGAACGCAGGUUAAAAGUAACUCGUGGUUAGCUAAGGAAUCAGGUAGUUUUUUAAAGUAAGCACAAUUGUAAUACUGAAAAGAAUAGCUCCUAUGUAGAAACACUUUCCUAACGAGGACUUUUCUUAAAUGGGACUAGAAGGGACCAGUCACCUGCCGUGGCCCGGAGCGUGACGGACCUUGGUUUAACCGCAGUGAACUCCGGAUUCUCCAGACCCCUUUUAUGAUCCAGUUCUAGACUGCAGUGAAAGGGAUUUGGGGAACUGAGAAAACCAAGUCAUUCAAUGACUGCGAAAGGACCUGUUUAGAAAUUACACUGUACUUAGCCUAACAAGAAAAGGUCCAGCAGUGAUCUUCAAGA